UCUUCUACACAAAACAUUCCUUCAAAAGCAUCUCAAACAUACCAAAAAUUUCUUAACUUUCUCCCUCUCUCACUGCCAUGAUCCAUAUUUUUCUCUUAUUUUCUCUCACAUUCUCAGGAGUUGAAUCUCUAGGAAUCAAUUAUGGGCAAGUGGGAGAUAAUUUGCCACCGCCGGACAAAGUUCUUGAAUUGCUAACUUCUCUUAAGAUCUCCAAAGUAAGAAUUUACGACACAAACCCUCAGAUUUUGGCCACAUUUGCCAACUCCAAAACGGAGCUUAUUGUGACAAUAGAGAAUGAGAUGCUAAGCCAGCUGAUGGACCCUCAACAAGCAGUCCAAUGGGUUGCCACCCACAUCAAGCCCUACUUCCCGGCGGCGAGGAUCACGGGGAUCGCGGUCGGGAACGAGAUAUUCACCGGGAACGACACGACCCUGAUGGCGAAUCUCGUCCCGGCAAUGAUCAGCAUCCACAGCGCCCUGGCUCAGCUGGGGCUAGGCUCCUACAUUCAUGUCUCCACUCCCACUUCAUUGGCUGUUCUUGAGGAAUCUUUCCCUCCUUCAGCUGGUAGCUUCAAAACCCAAGUCUCGCCCUACAUUUCUCAGUUUUUGCAGUUCUUGUCAAGCACAAAGGCACCAUUUUGGAUCAAUGCUUACCCUUAUUUUGCUUACAAAGAUAACCCCAAUAAAAUAUCUUUGGACUAUGCUCUUUUAAAUCCAAUGUCUUAUAUGGUUGACCCUUCCACUAAGCUAAAUUAUGACAAUAUGUUGUAUGCUCAAGUAGAUGCAGUGAUUUUUGGAAUGGCAAGAUUGGGUUUUGAUGGGAUUGAGGUGAGGGUUUCAGAGACAGGGUGGCCUUCAAAAGGAGAUGAUGAUGAAAUUGGAGCAACAGCUGAGAAUGCAGCCAUUUACAAUAGGAAUUUGUUGAGGAGGCAAUUGGCUAAUGAAGGAACUCCUCUAAGGCCAAAUAUGAGGCUUGAAGUUUAUCUUUUUGCUCUCUUUAAUGAAGACAUGAAGCCUGGUCCUACCUCUGAGAGGAACUAUGGCCUCUACCAACCUGAUGGAACCAUGGCUUACAAUGUGGGCCUCUCUGCCUUGUUGAGUUCUUCUUCAACCUCUUCUGCAUCAAUCUCUCUCUCUUCGUCCGCCUCUAAGACAGCAGCAAUGGAAUAUCAAAGCUUAGUGUAUUGGAUGUUUGUGUAUUUGCUGGUUGGCAUCCAGAUUAUUCUGACGAGAAGACCAUUUUAGAGGAAAUUAGUGGAAGCUUUAGAAGAUUGAAGAACAAGAAAAACCUUUAAAUUAUCAGCUCCCAAAGCUAAUUAAGCCCUCAUUUAUUAACUUUAAUUUCUUAAUUAGUGUUCAUUGUUGUAAAAUGGCCUUUCAUUUGAUUCUUGUGUAGCCAUAAAUUAAAUUGUUCAUGUAUAGCUCUCUCUCUCAUGUACGUAGAAAGCAAAAAGGCCAUGCAAUAUGCCAUUCGU